CCAAAACGAACUGUAUGGGUCGCCGCAGUUAAGCUCGAAUCCGAGCCGAGCUCCGCCUGUCACAACCACGCGCCGCCGGCACGCCAACACUCCACCAUUCGGCCAUGGAAAGCUGGGCAUACAAGAUCCAAGCGCCUUGAGAAGAGCCAGGAACCGCGUGGACGAGAAACCAACAACUACAAGCGCUCAACCCUACCGCUCACUAUGGCCGACGAAAGCAGGACCGCGGAGGCCACUGUACAGGAGCUCCUAAGCAUACCGCAAACCCUAGCGCGCACUCGACCGAUAUCCGCUUCUAUCGACCCCGUUGCGCUUGUCGUCACAGAAUGCAUCACCGUCACAUCGGCCAUGCGCAAGCAUGCGCGCUGGGCGCAAUCCUCAGUCUCCGCGAUCCUCGGCGGCGGCUCCGCAAAGCCACUCCCCAUCCAAAGAUUGGAGAAGGGUCAGCAGGGUCCGGCUAGCAUAACUCUGGGCGCCGGGGACGAUGCUUUGACGGGAAGAUGGGGGCUGAGGGGGAAGAAGGGGAAGAGCAUGCAGGAUAAUCCCCUUAUGGCAGCCUUCGCGCGCCUUCGGAGUGACCUUAAGGGUUGCAAAGACAUUCAUACUAUCGACACGCCCGCCCUACUCCAUCCUUUCCUCCAAGUCAUCCGAUCUUCCUCGACGUCCGCUCCGAUCACUUCCCUUGCGCUUAUUGCGAUUACAAAGUUCUUGUCCUAUAACAUCAUUGCGCGCGACUCGCCCCGGCUGCCGCUGGCCAUGCAGUUGCUUUCAUCCGCCAUCACUCAUUGUCGCUUCGAGGCCAGCGACACGGCAGCCGACGAGAUUGUGCUGCUCCGGAUAUUGAAACUCAUGGAGGGCAUGAUCUCAGGGCCUGUUGGUGACGAGCUUAGCGACGAGAGCGUGUGCGAGAUGAUGGAGACUGGUUUGAGCAUGUGCUGCCAGGUCAGAUUGUCCGAGGUGUUGCGGCGUUCUGCGGAGAUUUCUAUGGUCACAAUGUGUCAAGUCAUCUUUGAGAGGUUAAAACAUCUGGAGAUUGAGGCUGGAGAUUCGCCGGGAGCUUUGGAAGAAAACACGAAGGAUGAUAUGAAUGCUGUCAAGAUGGCUCCGUCUGCGAAUAGCGAGGCUCUGGCUGUGCCCGUCAGUCAUCCUGAGGCAGAACGGUCUUCUUCAAGCCUGGAGAAGGUGCACGAAGGAAGUGAAGGGAGUCCUCUUGGUGGCACGGCAAAUGGCAGCCAAAUUGACUUGGCCAAGACACCCGAGGCCGAGGAACCACAGGUCAUAAAACCGUAUUCUCUUCCUUCUAUUAGGGAACUUUUCCGAGUUCUAGUCGACCUUCUUGACCCCGACGACCGCCAGCACAAUGACACAAUGAGAAUUAUGGCUCUCAGGAUAGUGGAUGUUGCACUUGAGGUGGCUGGACCAUCAAUUGCCGGCCAUCCUUCUCUUGCUUCACUGGCCAAGGAUACUUUGUGUCGCCAUCUUUUCCAGCUGGUGCGCUCUGAGAACAUAGCGGUAUUGAACGAGUCGCUAAGGGUGGCAUACACUUUGCUGGCUACCUGCAGAAGCGUGCUCAAACUUCAACAGGAGCUGUUCCUAUCCUACAUGGUGGCUUGCCUUUUCCCGCGCGUUGACAUACCGCAGGAAGCGGGUAUUGACCCGGCACUCUACGAGGGUGUUCCGCAGGCUCCCAGUCUUGUGAAGCCCCCACCUUCGCCGUCUGGCGUAGCUAGCGGCAGGGCAACCCCUGUACCGGUUAGAGAUCGACAGAGGCUCGGGCUUGAGGGCGGCUCCAGGAAACCUGAUGCGAGAGAAGCCAUGGUGGAAAGUGUUGGCGCUCUGGUCAGGAUACCCUCCUUCCUGGUUGAACUUUUCGUCAACUACGAUUGUGAGAACGACCGAAGCGAUUUGUGUAUGGACAUGAUUGGCCUACUAUCUCGCAAUGCCUUCCCGGAUUCAGCAACCUGGAGCACGACCAAUGUACCACCUCUGUGCCUUGAUGCUCUGUUGGGUUAUAUCCAGACGAUAGCAGAUCGCUUGGAUGAGGAGCCUGUUACUGAAGGUUAUCCCAACGUGGAUCAGCUGAGAACGCAACGAGCCCAGAAGAAGGUGAUCAUUCGUGGCGCGAAAAAAUUCAACGAGAGUCCUAAGGGAGGCAUGGCCUUCCUAGCCUCUCAAGGUAUCAUUGAAGAUCCGCAAAAUCCUCAACAUAUCGCGCAAUUCAUCAAAGGCACGACAAGGCUUGACAAGAAGGUACUUGGUGAGUACCUCUCAAAGGGAGCCAACCAAGAGAUCCUUGCGGCGUUCAUGGAGUCUUUUGAUUUCUCAGGUCAAAGAGUCGACGAAGCAUUGCGACAGCUGCUGAACACUUUCCGCUUGCCUGGAGAGUCGCAGCUGAUUGAGCGCAUCGUUACGCAAUUUGCGGAGAAAUACUGCGCCAACGACACUCCAGAGGGGGUCGUGGACAAGGAUGCCGUUUACGUUCUGACAUAUGCGAUCAUUAUGUUAAACACCGACCAGCACAAUCCGAACAUCAAAGCGGAUAAGCGCAUGUCUCUGGAAGAUUUCUCUAGAAACCUACGUGGUGUUAACGGCGGACAGGAUUUCGCGCGUGAAUAUCUGCAGGCCAUUUACGACUCCAUCAAGACGCGAGAAAUCAUCCUGCCAGAAGAGCACGACAACAAGCACGCUUACGACCAUGCGUGGAAAGAGCUGCAGAUGAAGGUCCAGUCUGCUUCGGACCUAAUCAUUUGCGACACCAACAUCUUCGAUGCCGAGAUGUUUGCAGCCACUUGGCAGCCAAUUGUUGCGACACUUUCUUUCGUCUUCAUGUCGGCUUCCGACGACGCAGUCUUCUCGCGCGUUGUCACAGGCUUCUAUCAGUGCGCGCAGAUUGCUGCGAAGCAUGGGUUGACUGAAUGCAUGGACCGCAUAAUUUACAGUUUGAGUUCAAUCAGCACGCUGGCGCCUGAGGUGCCACCGAGCACGGCCUUGAAUACUGAGGUCCAGGCUGAUAAACAGUCCGAGAAGAUCAUGGUCAGUGAAAUGGCCGUCAGGUUUGGUCGUGACGACAAGGCCCAACUGGCUACCGUUUUGCUCUUCCGGAUUGUCAAUGGAAACGAAUCGUUCAUACGCGAGGGAUGGAGCAAUCUUGUCCGUGUAAUACUCAACCUCUUUGUCAACUCCUUAAUACCAUCUUCCUUCUCGUCUAUACCCAACACGCUAGAACUGCCUCCCAUUCCAUUGCAAAACCCGGCUCAGGUCAUCGACCGAGAGCAGAGACAGAAUGAAAUAAGUCUGUUCUCGUCUUUUGCUUCAUCCAUCUUCAGCUUCGCCAACGACGAGCCCCCUGAGCCGUCAGAUGCGGAGAUCGAGUACACUCUUUGCACUGUGGACUGCGUCAGCACUUGCGAUUUCCCAGGCAUCUUUGAAAACAUCAGCCAUAUGCCCGCGGAGGCUCUUCGUUCCUUUGUGGGAAAGCUCCUUUCGCAACUCCCCGAGGACGAAGCACCGCGCGUCAUCGUCGUGAAAUCGGACCUGCCAGCGCCAAGCCCGUUGAGACCGAAUGGCAGGCCACCAAACUCAAAGGGACCUCAGUACGACCCUUCAUCCGUCUUUGUAUUGGAGCUGGGUACACUUCUUGCGCUUAGAGAUGCGGAGACGAUUGAGGUUAUUGGCAAAGAUGUGGCAGAUAAGUUGCAUGAGGUCAUCCGUGAUGCCAGCAACACCCAUCCUGUCAUUCUUUCUCGUGCAGUCUACUACCUCUUGAAUCUCUUGAAGGCUAGCAACGACCACGACUUCAUCCGCGCUCCGGUCGUCCUCCACGAUUUCUCCAACUUUGAUCGUAAUACGCUCAAACAAACCUCCAUGUCUCUUCUGAAGGGCUUGACGGACUGCAUCAACGGCCCCGUUAACCUCCGGAACGAGCUCGUCAACUCACCCGACUUUUGGACGCUCCUCCGUACGUUACAGGUCAUCCCUGAGGCAGCUCCUCAGGUCUUCGGGAUUGUGGAGAAAUUGGCAACGUCUUCCCCACCAGGAAUCUCUACGGAUAAUUAUGAGGCGGCAGUCGCUUUACUCAAUGACUUUGCCACGGCAGGGAGCGCAGGUGCCGCGGAAGAGCAACGGCUCGAUGCUGCGACGCGCAGAGGAAAGCCGAGGCCAAAGAAGUCGCAGCCAAACGAGGUGGUUACUCGUGGUUCGCAGGCUAUGGCUAUCAUUUACCAGUUGACGAGUCGUGUGCCGGGUUUCAUCGAGCAGUCUCAACUCGAGACCAAUGAAGCUUGGAAUGCCUAUUGGUCACCUAUCUUCCACUCGCUUACGACUCAAUGCCUUAACCCUUGCCGCGAGGUCCGGCAUCAAGCCUUCACGUCACUGCAGCGGACACUGCUCUCCAGCGACCUCGCCUCUUCCGACCACAAGGAGUGGACGAAAAUUUUCGGGGACGUGUUGUUCCCACUCAUCAACCAGCUCUUGAAGCCUGAAGUGUUCCAGAGAGAUCCUAGCGGCAUGGGUGAGACAAGGGUAGAGGCAGCGACCCUGCUUUGCAAAAUCUUCUUGCACUACCUUGUCGCGCUUUCAGAGUGGGAUGGCAUGCUGGACCUCUGGCUCAAGAUCCUGAGCAUCAUGGACAGACUGAUGAACAGCGGACAGGGCGACAACCUGGUGGAAGCCGUUCCAGAAAGCCUGAAGAACAUCUUACUCGUCAUGUCCAGCAGCGGAUACCUAGCGCCGCCAGACGAGAAGCCAGAGCAGGAAGAGCUGUGGACAGAGACGUGGAAGAAGCUAGACCGGUUCCUGCCCAGCCUCUUCUCGGAGUUGUUCCCGGAGGAGGCGGCGAAGCCGAAAAAGCCGGUGGAGAAGCAGCCGGCGGCCGCGCCGCCUGCGGCUGAAGCUGCUGUGGAAGAGAAGGCGGAGCAGGGAGAGCAGAAGGAGAAGGAAGUAGAAUAGAUGCUGGAAUGCUGCAUUUGUACGGGGAUUGUAGAGAGUGGUUAAGGGACAGAGGGGGCGCGCAUGUUGGCGGUUCUUUAGCUAUCGACCUCUCUGCUGUAGCAGGCUGUGUGCGCCGUGUCAGGCCUGUUUGUAUCUGCGUAAUUUGGCGCCUGCCUGGUUGCGCAUAAUCGUUUUCCGCGGUGCUGUUGUCGCUGUCAAUCUUGGGCCUGUCGACAUGCAAUGUCUGUGGACUGUCCAUCCUGGGGUUUAAGGGAAGACACGUUCUCUGCUGUUUGAAGCGAUGAGUCCGCUGUCAUUUAACUAGGCUUAAUGUACGUCAUCUUUCACUC